AUGCAUCGAAAGAGAACAAUCCUGGAUUAUUUUAAUUCAGGAUCUGUUGAUUCGCCAUCAUGUUCGGAAAAUAAAUCAGUUAAACUCGUACCUUUCGAUAUGCUUAAUUGUCCUUCGGAAGUGAAGAAAAGCUCUAAACAACCUCUUAAAAUUAAAGAUGAUGAUCGCCAAUUGAUUAUUGAUGCUGGACAAAAGAAUAUUGGAAAACAAUUAUGUCCUAUGUGUGAAAUGGUUUAUAACAUAGAUUCUCAAGCAGAUGUAACUGCUCAUAAAAAAUUCCAUUCGCGUUUCUCUGAAAUAACUUGGUUUCGAGUUACUGUGUCCCAAAUUGAGCGAUGGAAGAAUGAAUUAACACUUAUAUAUGGUAGCGGAGGAUUCAUAUUUAAUGUUAAAAAGUCAACCAAAUGUUCGAUAAGAAAUCGCAUUGAAACGAUUAUUUUGGAAUGUGUUAAUGCGGAACUUGGUUAUACCGAUGAUUUAGCCAAAGUCUGGUCAUUUGAUGAUUCUCGGCAAGCUUGGGUAUUCAUUCAGAAUGGACUUGAAAAUAGUUCCCCAUUCAUUGCUGGAAUUGUUUUAAUUGAACCUUUAAAAAAGGCAUGUUUGAUAAUUAAUGCACAUUUAUACACUUCCACUGGGUCGCUAAUGGGUGUUGAUCGGAUCUGGGUUCAUCCAAAAGUAAGGCAUUGCGGCAUCGCGCGCAAACUACUGGAUUGUGCUCGGAAGCAUUUUUCAGUGCAGGGUUGUUUGCCAAAAGAGAACGUUAUUUUCAGUGCACCAACUAAUGCUGGAUUGGCUUUCGCCAAACAUUAUAAUCCUUUUUGUGAUCCAUUGUUUUACAAUCUUUCUGCAUAA